AUGGAGAUCGGCCCUCACAUCUUGCAGCAGCUUUGCGGGUAUUGCUCAGCAUUGUUCCCUCUCCGGCUAGCACCACGCAACACACGUAUCGAGCACCAUGCGACUGCGGGCGACUUCAUCGCCGCCGCGGAGCAUACCGCAUGCGCCCUGUGCGCUGCCAUGCGGCUAGAUCUGCCUCUGCAAGAUCUGCAGCAACGCUAUCCCCAAAUAACGCCCGCUGAACUCGAUGCCGCGGAGUUUAAGAUCAGCGUUACGAGCCUCUCCGCUGCGGGGAGGCAAAGCAGCGGCGAAGAACCAGACCCGACGAACACUUUGCAUCAUCAAAUUGAGGACGCCACGCUUUCGAUGAGAUUGCAGCUGCGCACAUCAAAGUACAGCUCGUACCAGGAAUGGUGGACGGUCGUUGCAGCCUGCAACAUCACAGCAUCUGCACGGAUUCAUGCGGACCUGCCCAAAGUAUGGACCAUUCCACAAGCCACCACCAGCGUCCCAGACAAGUUGGUCGUCAUCGGGUCCUGGCUUAGACUGUGCGAAGAGGCGCACGCGCUCUGCAGGAUGACCAGUCCCGACCAGCAUGGUGCACUGCCUAAAAGGCUCCUUGCACUUGCCCCUGCCAGCAGCAAGACGCCGUCUCGUCUUGUAUACAGCCGGGAUAUCGCGGCUGGAGAAAUGCUACGUGGUCUCAAGUACGUGGCACUGAGCCACUGUUGGGGCUCGGGCAUGCCUCUCAGAACACUGCGGGAGAAUCUUAAGCAGCUCCAGCGAGCUAUACCUGGUUGCGACGGACCAUGGACCGGAGGCCCGGGCCGGAUCCCCUGGACGUUUCGGGAGGCCAUCGACAUCUGCCGCUCCCUGAGCAUCAAGUAUAUCUGGAUCGACAGUCUUUGCAUCGUACAGGAUGACUCGGAAGACGCCUCGGACAGCUCGCAAGGCUGCUUCGUGGGACUUGAGCAAGGUGUCGUCGCUAAAAGUCAUGUCCCUCAGGUUGCGAGAUUCCACGUCCAGGUUCCCUUGCGAGGAGGAAUCGCAAGCAACGCGGCUGAACAGAUUCAGACCCAGGACAGCGAGUCCGAUACCCGCUCGGGAGACUCUCUGCUGGUGCGUGUCUACGAGGACAGCAUCAUCCGCCAGACAAGAGAUGCCGCGCUCAACCAGCGGGGCUGGACGCUGCAGGAGCAGGUCCUUUCACGCCGCGUCCUCCACUGCACCUUUCCCGAGCUUCAUUGGCAGUGCACCAGCUGCUACGUCACUGAGGCUCGUGUGGAGCUGCAUGGCGAUGGCUCGCCGCGAACAGGCUACCUCAAGACCAGACACGAGGUCGAGCUCGGCACCACCACCACCACCAGUCAGAACUUCUCGGCCGCCGCGGGCGAGACCAUGCAUCGCGCAUGGUGCCUGUGGAUGGAGACAUACUCGCGCCGCAAGUUUACCUUCGCCGCGGACCGUCUCGCCGCGCUGUCUGGCAUGGUGCAGCAGACCGCGGCCACGACUGGGUACACCCACCUCCUCGGCUGCUGGGAGGAGACGCUCUGCAACGACCUCUCCUGGACGAUCCGCACGAGUAGUUGGCCGGGUAAUGAUUCGCCGCAUACGCGCAUCGACAGCAAGGAGGACAUGUUGCCAGAGAUCCCUUCUUGGUCGUGGCUGUCCCGCUUCGACGACAUUGCCCUGAACCCUUGGUACUCCAGACCCGACGACCAAUCCCCUCACGAAUCUUUUGCUCAUACAUCGCUCGUCGACAAGCACAUCCUCUGGAGCGGCAUCCCGCUUGUGUCCGAGCUCCUUUGUGCAGAACUUCUGCUGCGAGGGCCCGUCAAGAGGAGCCGUCUGACCACGAUGCCGCCAGGCAAGAUCCACGACCCUCCCGGCCUGUGCGUCUACGACGAGAUGCAGGACAGGCCGGCCGAUCUCCCCCCUUCGUGGCGCUGCAUGGGAGGCCUGGACCGGCGGACUGCCGACGGCGGGCAUCAGUAUCUGGACGGCAACUACGACUGCCUCCUGUUGCGCAGUCACCGCAGUACCGCCAAGAAGACACCGGGCCGGGAGACGUUCAACGACACCGAGAUGUUCCUGAUUCUGGAGCCCGUGCCUCCAGGCGAGCUGCGCGAGAGGAUGGCCACUGGUGCUUCGCGCCCCUUUCCGGGGCCGCCCCUACCAUGCUAUCGGAGGAUCGGAAUAGCCAACCUGCUGGCUGUCAGGACCGGGCCCCAUUUUGACGGCGUGCAAGACAUGACGAUAAGGCUCAUUUGA